AUGAGAGUUAUUCACACAUUUUUAAACCAAUUCUUUUUAGUUGGUGCUACAUUAUUAUUGGUGUUAACCGUAAUCUCCGGAACCACCAACAACAGCUCAUUAAGAAACUUUUACUGGUUACGAGCUGAUGUUGCCGGUAUACAAAAUGCUCCAGCAGACACCAGUGUGUGGACCUUUUGGGGGGUUUGUGACAAGAGCAACUUCACCAACUGUAUCUUAGGCCCUGCCUUCCCAAUUUCCCCAACCGAUAACUUUGGUACCACUGAAAACAUUCCAACCGAUUUCAUUGACAACAGAAACACCUACUUUUAUUUGAGUAGAUUUGCGUUUGCAUUUGCCAUUAUUGCUCUUGCGUUCACUGGUUUAGCCGUGAUUGUUGAAUUCUUGGCUUACUGUUUUGAAUUGAUUGACAGAGUUGUCAUUUUCUUGAUCACUUUUGGUGUUUUCUUCAUGGCUGGUUUCGCCUCUAUGCAAACUGCCGUUGUUGUCUUAGCUAGAAAUGCCUUUAGAAACGGAGGCAGAACUUCCAAUGUCAAUGCUACCUUGUUGGGUGUUACUUGGGCUGCAUUUGCUUGUUUAGUUAUCUGUUGGUUCUUGACCUUUGCAGCUAACAUCGCUCAAUCAUACAGAAAACACAUAGACAGAGUCCAUGAACGAGAAGCCGCACAAGCUCCAAUUGCUGACGACUCUUCUUUUACCAGAGCUGCCCCACCAGAUGAACCAAAGGAUACUGAAGAUCACACUGGUGGUAUCAGAUUCUUUAAGAUCAAGAGAAACCAAAAGGUUUCUGAUGAAGAAUCUGUAUAGUCAUACCUUGUAAAGCUCUUCCCAAUGUGUUUAAAAGAACAACAGCAAAAGAAAUUUCGAACUUCGUUUACGUUUUGACCUUUUUAGUUUCGUUAUCCAUUCAUACAAGAGAAGCUUUCAAAUUAAUGUCAAUACCCAUCCAUCAUAUCAAACACCCCAUCUCUUUUCUAUUUUGUUUAUUUUAUUUUAUUUUAUUUUAUAUAAAUGUGUAUUAACAGUUAAUCUAUGUAUGUAAUUGUGUAAUUUUCCCCACUGGAACAAUUAAUUAUUAGCAUGUAUGUACACCUGCUUAUGUAGCUAGCUUGAUGAGGCGCCCCCCCUUUUAGUUGCAAGGGCCAGUAGUUGACAGCCAAAAAAAAAAAAAUAAUUUGGAUUUGUUUGCAUAUGUGUGUGCUCCUUAAAAAAAGGGGGUACGGAAGGUAAUGGAGCUAACUGGAGUAAACAGAGGGGUAUCCAUUGACACAGCUCAACCGAGGUUCUCUCUAGACAAGAUGUCUCUGCCUGACAGAAGUGUACUCGCAGAGCUACCAACUACUAACGGUCUAAUUUCAAGUUUAGAGCCUCUUCUCGUCAUCGCCGCAAUGUAAAUAAAGUAAACAAAGGCUUUCUCGGGGAAGCAAACUAAGCAAACUUACGAAGUCCAAGAAGAAAAUAGAAUUAGGCUAUUAUUCGU